AUGUUGCCGUACUUGUUCCCUGACCUGGCCGCCUUUGCAACAGUAGCUGACCUCAUCACUCACCUCCGCACUAAUCACACCCGCUACAACGCUGCGCUUCCCUCCGAGUUUCGCGCCAAGAAACCCCCCCCCAUGUACAUCACCCUCUUCUACCUCGUCACCUGUCUCCCUGACUCUCUUCGCUCAAUCAGGGACCACUUUCUCUCCCUUUGCCCCACCGAGCUCACUGUCGACUUGCUCGAGGAGCACCUCACUGCAGCUGAGACUAGCAUAGUCACUGUAGGAGCUUCUCGCCGUGACCCUCGCGCCCCUUUCCUUGAGGGGUGUUCCCCCGUUCCCCUUUUGCUCUCUGUUGCUUCUGCUGCUGCUAUCGACCUCGUUGGCACCGAGGAGGUCGGGGCUGCGUCUGCUCCUAGUGGAAGGUGCCGCAACGGCAAGGGCAAGGGGGGCAAGGGUGGUGGAGGGGACGGCGGGGGCAGCGGUGGUGGCGGUGGAGGAGGCGGAGGGGGUGGGGGUGGGGUGGGGGUGGUGGCGGGAGUGGGAGCGUCAGUGGCGGCGGUGGAGGUGGGGGCGGCAGCGGCAGCGACAGUGGGGGUGGCGGCGGCGGUGGUGCUGGUCGGGGUGGAGCUGCGCAGCAUGGAGGCUUUGGUGGUAGCCAACGACAGCAGCAGCCGCGUUCCCGUGAGGCCCCGUCGCCCCAGCAGCUUUGUGAGUGGUACGCUGGGCGUAAGAGGUCUGGGGGUGCUGGUCCCUGCGCUUACGCUCUCCGCACCGCCGAGCGCCGUGGGGAGACGUAUAGAGGCUGCUGCUCUAGGUGCUAGUGAGUCUGCUGCUCCAGGUACUAGUGAGUCUGCUCCCUCAGGUACUGCGUUUGCUGAGGCCUUGCACACCUUCACGCUUGACUCAAGUGCUUCCCGCUCCUUCUUUCGCGACAGCACCACACUCACACCGCUUAGUCGGCCGGUUGCUGUCUCCCUGGCGGACCCCUCUGGGGGCCCAGUCCUUGCGCACUCCUCUACGGUACUGCCGUGUUCGGCGGUCCCGUCUAACUCACUGUCAGGUCUUCACCUCCCCUCGUUCUCUACGAACUUGGUGAGUGGAGCUGACCUCCAAGACGUGUGGGUUGACCAGUUCACUCCUAGAGGUCAGCGGGUGACCCACUGUACCUGUACUCGGACGGGCUGCCACCUGGUCACAUUCACCCGUCGCAAUGGGUCGAGCCUGUACACACUGACUACUAAGACUCCUCCGGUUGCUGAGUCUGGUCAAGUAGCCGCGUUGGGUUAG